UUCGAUAACAUUGUUCUCCAUUGUUUUGCGUUUUUAUCGCAAUUAUAUAAUCUCGAAAGAAAACGCGACAAUUUUAACAACACACAGUUAUAAGGAAAAAAGUUUCUCUCGAUCGAGCGAAACGCAAAAUUCGCGUGAUCGCGAAAAUAGUUGAGCAUGGAAAUGUAGAGGAAGACAUGAAGGUACUUGUGUUGUCGUGCACUCUCGGAAUCAUAUUCCGCAAAAAGUCGUGCGUGAUGCGCGGCACGGCGUGCCGGAAGCGAAACGGCCUAGCCGCGCCGGUGCACCGAUGUAUACGGGUAACCAACCUGCGAGGCUAAUGUUAUGGUAACGUGAAUCGAUCGCCUUGAUUUUCGUUCUCCCUCCGUAACAUCUGUCACGGCAAGAAUUCGCCGAUCGGACAUGCGUGCGCGUUACGAGAACCGUACAACCGUAAUACGUGCUUUCGCUGUACACGAGCUUGUUGGAAUGAAUCUGCCGAGAGUAGAUUCGCGAAAUUAUCGCCAAUAUUCUACAACGUCUAAAUUUUUCUACUGCUAAAAGUGCGCGAUUUUUCCGAAAAAUUUCUCUAAAAGAAGUUUUUAAAUUUUUAUUCUCGAAAGGACACGCGGUGGAGGGGCGAAAAAAGGAUUUACUUCGCUACGUAUCAUGAAUACGUAUCAUGGCAAUUACGUGCUGUCGAUUGCGACGGAGAAGCACUAUAAUUAAAAGGGACACGUUCUUCGAUCGGAACUUGGACGGAAUUGUGAUAAAUGUUUCUAUGUUUGUUCCUAUCCCGUACGACAGAUGCGAUGAAAUACAAAUACGAUAUUAAAAUUAAAAUUGAUCAAACUUGGGAGAUUUUUAUUCUCGUGGAGAAUUAAAAACACUAUAGGAGAUAAUAAGCAUAAAGCGCGUUAUCUUUAAAUACAUAUCAGUAUACUACGCGGUAGUAUCAUGGCUAGCGACGACAGAUGAAGGCAAAUGUAUUCUGUGAUAUAAUCUUUAUGCGCUUUAAGAAGAGAUGAAAGCUUUUAUUUGCACCAGUUGAAAAUUAAACUGGUAUAUUAUCACUUGCUUUUGAAAAAAUGGACGAUAAUGCGCACUUUAAGUACAUCUCGAUAGAUUCGACGUAUGAUAAAAGUACAUUAUCUCCGAAUGCACCAAACGUGCAAAGAUUAACGACCUCAUUGUUUGAAUCGUAAAAUUCUUCUUCUUUUGAUAGCUUAUCGAGAAGAGAGCUUGAAAUCGUGGGGAGAGACGGCUCCGUAAUAUAAAAACUAAAUUACUAAAAUGUAGACUUUGCAACGCGCGGAUUAUACCGAUAUCAUGUUGGAUAAGAAAAAGAAGAUUGCGAGUCAAUCGGGCUCUUGUCGCGGCUGUGAAAUUUAAAGAGGUGCAUCGAUUUACGGCAGGAUAAUAGAUGAGAGAUACAAGACGUAUAUAUAAAAUUAAUCAAGUAUCUAAUAGUUAUAUACGAAAGAAUGGAGUCUCAUAUCGAGGAAACGAGGCUCGGGUAGUCGGGAUUGACAACAAUGUCUAGACCAGGCAAGGAUCCGGUACAGAAGUGCCACUCGGAUCCGGGUGCAGCUGGCGCUUCGUGCAGCCUAAGCAAGCGGAUCUCACGGAGGCAAGUGCCGUGCGUUCCAUCCUCACCGAAUGCACGCAAAUGUGUAUUAACUUUGGAUGGAUACAGUUACGUGAUCGUUGCAUCUCCACCGGACAGACGAGUCACGAGGGACGAUAUUGGAGUGGCUUCGGCCGGUGCAGCGGCGAACAACGCGACCGCUACCAGCUGCAGCGGUUCGAGCAGCGCAGCUUCCACGAGGCCGCGCAAUCCUUCCUCCUCUCCUGGUCGAAACGGCCAACUCUCCAAACAGGGCACUUUGACGAUAGUACGCCGAAGUUCUGGCAAAAGCAAAAACAUUAGCAGUGGAAGUUUCGAAAGUUCUCCACCGCCGCACAAUCCCGACACUCCGUAUUUAUCGAGCCAAUCCGUCGACCUCGAUGAGAUCCUCGAUAAUGUCGAUCUCACGACGGACUCGCUUCCUGCUGUUGACACUCCCGACGCGUGCGACAAAGCUGCUCUCAGAUUGAGGUGUUUAUUGAGGCAGCUACAACAUGGGGAGAUAUCCGCCGAACUGCUUCAACGAAACUUGCAUUAUGCAGCUCGUGUACUCGAGGCCGUUUUCAUCGACGAGACCAAGGUGAGUUCAGGGAAUGAGUGCGCUCGGUCAUCACGUAGGGGGGCGGGCCUGACGUCCUCAUCCCUAGGGGGCGGCUUGGAACCGGACGGACCACAGGGCCACGCGGUGGUAACCCAGAAACGGAAGCUUCGCACCCCCGUAUGGGCAAGACGGCUGGCGGACGAAGACGAUGAGCUGUCAGAGGUGCAGCCGGACGCGGUGCCGCCGGAAGUACGCGAGUGGUUGGCGUCAACUUUCACCAGGCAGCUCGCCACCACGAGACGGAAGGCUGACGAGAAGCCGAAAUUCCGCUCGGUCGCGCACGCCAUCAGGGCGGGCAUAUUCGUCGAUCGGAUCUACAGGAGGGUCACGAAUACCGCCCUCAUGCAAUUUCCGCCGGAAGUCGUGAAAGUGCUUAAGACUUUAGACGAUUGGUCGUUCGAUGUGUUUUCCUUGAAUGAGGCCGCCUUGGGCACACCGGUGAAAUACUUGGGCUACGAUCUCCUCAAUCGAUACGGUAUGAUUCACAAGUUUAAAGUACCUCCUGCAGUUCUGGAGUGCUUUCUCGGAAGAGUCGAAGAAGGAUAUUGCAGGCAUCGAAACCCAUACCAUAACAAUCUUCACGCUGCCGAUGUUGCGCAAACGAUGCAUUACAUCCUAUGUCAAACGGGUUUGAUGAACUGGCUGACCGAUCUCGAAAUUUUUGCCACUCUCGUGGCAGCUAUUAUUCACGAUUAUGAGCACACUGGGACCACAAACAAUUUCCAUGUAAUGUCUGGGAGCGAUACAGCGCUUCUGUAUAAUGAUCGUGCCGUGUUGGAAAACUAUCACAUCUCGGCCAGCUUCCGGAUACUUAGAGAAGAUGAGUGCAACAUAUUACAGAACUUGUCGAGAGAGGAAUUCCGAGAAUUUCGCUCGCUCGUGAUCGACAUGGUUCUUGCCACCGAUAUGAGUUUUCAUUUUCAACAGUUGAAGAAUAUGAAGAAUCUAUUAACUUUAGCGGAACCAAGCGUGGAUAAGAGCAAAGCCGUUAGUUUGGUUCUCCAUUGCUGCGACAUUUCACAUCCUGCCAAAAGAUGGGAUCUUCAUCAUAGGUGGACGAUGCAACUUCUCGAAGAAUUUUUCAGACAAGGUGACAAGGAGAGAGAGCUCGGAUUACCAUUUUCUCCUCUAUGCGAUCGCAACAACACAUUGGUAGCUGAAUCUCAAAUAGGAUUCAUAGAAUUUAUCGUUGAGCCUAGCAUGCAAGUAUGCAGUGAUACACUGGAAACCGUUCUUGCGCCGCUUAAUGUCAAGGAUACCGCAGACGAGCCUAGCAGCGAAGGGGAAAAUAGAAGGUUCAAAAUCGACAAACCUUGGAUUUCGUGUCUUGCAGAAAAUAAAAAGAUCUGGAAGGAACAAGCAGUUCGAGAUGCAGAAGCCAAAGCACAAAAGGAGCAAGAACAAAAAGCCAGUGGCAAUCGCGAGGAUAGUGGGGGAGCGCAGGCUCCGGCCGAAGAAUGAAAGAUACAACGAGCAAUUGUAUUCUUCAAAAGUCUCUGCAACUUUAGACUACGAGGAAGCUCGUGAUCUCCCAUUGGAUGGCAUCUAUUAUAUAAGUUUAUGGGCUCCUUAUUACGCUUACGAAUGAGAGACAAACAUCAUUCGGUAGUAGUACAAAUAGACGUAUGUGUGUCAUACACAUUAGAUGAGCGGAGACGACGAUUCGUAACAUGUAACAUUGAGAAAUAGUUUGUUUAAAUUGUUAGACACCAAAGGCUCGAGUCACGUAUUUGUCUCUGCUACUCUUAUGUAAGAUGUUUUAAUUAGAAGUUAUCGAUUAUUUUUUACGGUUCAAUAUAUGUAAAAUCACUUGAUCUCAUUAGAAAGAUACAGCGCUUCUCGAAAUAAUCAUCGUCGAUGUUGUAAUAAUUAUGACUCCGAUUUCAAAUUCGAUUUUACGUUUGCGAAACUUGCGAAUCGGUAAGUAUAGUAUUCUUAAUCCUCGAUUCUUAAAAUUCUUCAAAGUUAUUCAUAAAUAAAUAAACUGUAUAAUGUAUUAUGAAAAAGGAGAAAGUGAUCUACGAAUCUUGAAUUAUGUUGUGAUAAUAAUUUGAUGCAAAGACACCCUUUGUAUUCUUGAACCAAAGAACGCGAAAAUUGAUGUAACAGCAAACUAAAAUUACGAAAAUUACCUUGCGAAAGAUACACGCUUUAUGAAAAAAGAAAAAGAUAAGUGUGAUAAAAGAGACAAAUUUAUUAAUACAUUAUCAAUAGAAGAAUGUUUGAUGAAUCCACGUUGGAGAAUUAUAUAUUUCGAGUCGUAUUUGAUUUUUUUUACAACACUGUAUACACUAAGCAAAUAUUUAAGGUCUAUUUUUCGGUUAAUUUAUUAAUCGUAUUAAAAAUUGUAUCUACCGAGGAACAGAAUGUAUUCAAACUCUA